CGAAUGAGGAGAGUAAGUAGGGAGGGAUUUAUUCAUCGAUGGGCUCCGCAGCAGUACCAUAAGGGCGAAAUUGUAAAAGCAAUUUUCCCCGAUCAAUCAUACCCUGCAGCAGAUUAUGUUUGCAGCAGAAGAAAUGGAGCGGAAAUUCGCCGCCAGUUUCCUAGAGGGGGAAGAUUAUCCUAGAGAAGGAGACUCCUCAGAAUUGGCUAGAGCAAGGGCAGAGCUAGCCGCGCUUUUAAAUCAAUUCGAAAACAUGGGUUUUGUCUCUGGUCCCCUCACCUAUUUAGAGCACAUCGUAACCAAAAGACCCGGAGCAGAUGCAACCACGGGAUCGCCCAUACCAGCGAUGGCCGCUCCUUUACCUGUCGCGCCCAUUGCUGCACCCCCUCCAGAUACGAUGAGUAAAGUCAGUGAGCCAAACGCGAUAUUAGAGUUGAUCCGGACUUUAGUCAGCCUAAUACAAGAAAGCAAGAAGGAGCAACGGGAAUACAACGCCUGGAUGGAAUCCCUGAUGCGAUUGAUGCGCCCCAUUGUUGUUAGAGCUGCCCCAGUGACGCAAGGCAUUGCCCGUGCUCAACCAGUGGGAGGAAUGGCCGCCAAUCUGAGUGUUUGCUACACAUGUCAUCAGCCGGGCCACAAUGCCCGGGACUGUCCGCACCGACCUGUGCAAGCUCGAGUCGAGGUUGCCCCUGCGGCUGCUGCGCCAGUGCCCAACGGUCCAGGAAGGGUCAGGAGUUACGAGGCCCGGAAUGGGAACGCUGGGUCUCGGCCCCAAUAUAAAUUAGGGGACAUCGUGCAGGUGAGGAAAUGUGGUCGCCAGGGCAAGCUAGCGCCACGAUUCUUCGGGCGAUUUCGCGUGGUCGAGCUCGGUCCCAGCAGGGUGAACACAGUGCGGCUUGCGCCAGAGGUGUCGGGAAGUCGAUCGGCUAAUCCAGCCCCAUAUGCUAAAGGGGGUGAGGUCCAGGAUGACGAGGUGGAACUAUUGAUUGCACAGGCUUGGCAGACGGAUACGGAGGGAGAAUUGCUGGGGAUAUUAUUCGGCAAGGUGGAAGAAGGCCAUCUCGAAGCAAUCACGGACGAGUUGUUGGUGUUUUUGGCGCAGUUGGUGGACGAUUUACCCCUCGACAUCCUGUCGAGGUGUGACGAGAAGUCGGGGACAGACGUGCUCACUCGCACGCUUGCACCGCAUAUGUUGUGGUCCGCGUGUACGGAGCUGGAUGGGAAUAACUGCUUCUACCCAUCCCCGAGCCUCUAUCUCGAAAUCGAUGUCACCGAUCUCACACUGUGGGACCCUUUUAUCCGGCGAGGAAAUGCACAAGGAGCCGGUGACGAAGACGAAGAAGAAGAAGAGGAGGAAGACGAGGAAGAGGAGGAAGAGGAGGAAGAGUCGGGCACUGAUCGGGACGAUCCUGAUUAAAUCAGGUCAGAGGAAGAAGAAGAGGUGAUGGAAGAAGGAAGUGGAUCAGGAGAGUCGAGUGGUCGUCCCAAGCAAAGCGAAGA